CUCAUCUAGGAUUUUAAACUGAAAAGGAGUUAUUAUUGUAACUCUGGGAGGAGGUCCUAAGACUACAGUAAUUGGUUCAAGGAGGUAUAAAAACCAAACUGAAUGUUAAUCUGAAACUUCUGCACCUGGAUUAUCAAUGAUGCAAGUCAUCCUCAUCCUCGCCAUCACCCUGAUCUCUCAGGGCUACAGUCAAAUAACCAGCGUCACUGAUGCUGAGAUUAAAUCUCUAUCCGAGACGCUCUACACAUUGGACUUUAACAGGGCAACAGCAUCAGAGCUUGUUAUUGACCCUCAGGUGGAUAUCUUGAACUCUGAGACUGGCUCUCAGCUUGACCUCUCAUCAGGCCCAUUGUUUCAGUAUGUGAACGAAGAUACGUUGUUCUCCAAGCCCACAUAUUCAGCUCUCCUGAAACUGCUUGAUAACUAUAAGCGAGUGACGGGAGAGGUUGAGGAUGUCCCUUCUCAGGAGACAGAGGAGCAGGACGCAUUCCUCGAAGAGACCAUGUUGAACACCGCGCUGGGCCAGGAGCUCUACAAUUUCCUUUAUUCAAAAGGUGCGUACUCAUCAGAGAGCGAGUUCAUCCAGGAUCUGAAGAUGAUGUGGUUCGGCCUUUACUCCCGAUCUAACGGCCAGCUGGACUCGAGCGCAUUUGAGCAUAUCUUUGUAGGAGAAAUUAAGAGUGGUAAGGUGUCUGGUUUUCACAACUGGCUGCAGUUCUAUAUGAAUGAAAAACAAGGACUUUUGGAAUACUACAGCCAUAAUUUUAAUGGCCCUUGGACCACAUAUCCGGACGUGUUGGGAAUGCAGUUUAAAUGGGACGGGUAUUUUAAAGAAGUUGGAUCUGCGUUCAUUGGCUCAAGUCCUGAAUUUGAUCUGGCUAUGUACACUCUCUGCUACAUCACCCGUCCUGGCAAGAAGUGUUAUUUGAGUUUGGGAGGACAGACUCAAUCCAUUCAGACCUACACGUGGGACAAGAGCACUUACGGGGAUGGAAAGAAGUACAUUGGGUCUGCUUACCCUGCCACCCCCUAAAUCUCUGUUACCUUAAAUGAACAAAGCAACCGUCAAAAAACCUCAUCUAUCUGUAAUAUUCCUUUGUCAUUUGAUGUUGACAUUGGACUGAAAAAAUAAAUAAAAAAGCAGAAAAUA